AUGGUUGCAUCAACUUCUCCAACACCACCUGAAAGCCCUCAUCAUCAACCCACACAUGAAACUACAUCCAUUCCAACCUCAGGAAACCCUAGAAUUUCUGAUCCAUAUGUUAUACAUCCCAGUUAUAACCCGGCCACUGUGUUGUUCUCUCCAUUGUUGCAGGGCGACAGUUAUGGAUCUUGGGUACGAGGAAUCACCAAGGCUCUCAAUGCCAAAGGAAAACUUGGGUUCGUGGAUGGUACUCUUCCUCCUCCUACUGAUGAACUCACCUACCAGUGCUGGAAGAGGUGUGACGAUCUGGUGGGGAGUUGGCUUCUGAACUCAUGCCAACCUGAUAUCCGGGCAAGCUGUUUAUAUGCUCCUUCAUCUCAUGCAAUAUGGAAGGAUUUACAGGUGAGAUUUUGUAUCUCUAAUGCACCUAUCUUGUUUAGAUUGAAAUCUGCUAUUGCUGCCAUCCGACAAGAAUCGAUGUCAGUAUCUUUGUAUUACACAAAAAUCAAGACACUGUGGGAUCAAUAUGAUUCACCUGUUGCUGUCACUGAGGUGUGUAUUUGUGGAGCUGGUAAGUCAUUGCUUGAACGCUUAGAACGUGACAGAGCCAUGGAGUUUCUUCAAGGCUUGCAUGAUAGGUUUUCUAACCUCAUAAGUCAGAUUCUGCUAAUGAAUCCAUUCCCCACUGCUCUCCGUAUCUUCAAUAUGGUGCAGCAGGAAGAAGAACAAAAACAUAUCACUGCCAGUCCACUUCCAACCAUUGAGUCUGCUGCUCUCAAUGUCAAUCGUCAAGCUCCACCAACUGCUCGUGCAUCUACCAGUCAUAACAAGCGACCUAGACCACACUGCGAUUAUUGUAACCGUCACGGUCAUGUGCGUGACAGAUGCUACCGUUUACAUGGUUUUCCAUCGCCUUAUGCACCACCUGUCGUUGCUGCAAACACUACUGCCGUUUCCCAGGAUUCUCACUCUGCUCAACAUCCUGUUGUCCCGGCGUUUUGA